AACCAACAUGUGGAUCAGCUGGAGAUCUGCUUCUGACGGAGCUCUGCCGCCUUUAAACGCACUUUAACACAGAAAUGAGAGGGAAAAGUCUCCGAGCGGCGCUGGACACGACGGCGAAUGUGCGAGUUCUGGAGGCUCCACGAUCGGAACCAAGAGUCCAUCAGAACUCUGCACGGCGUCAACACGAAGAGACACAAGUCCGCCACCAGCUGACCCGGUGUCGGUCCGCAGCUCCGCUCCUACAGGCGCUUUAAAGGGUUUUAUCGAUGAGGAGAAAACACAAGUGAGCCGAAGUUCAGCCUGCUGACAGGAGCCGCGGCGGGGCUGAGUCUCCACGGUUCUCAUGGUGUGUUUAAGUACCGCCCGUGCUCUCAGUUCUCCGUCACGUCAGACUCUCUCCUGCUGGAUCCAACGGAAACUAAACGCUCGGUAAAGAUGGCAGAAGUCGCUCCGGCUCCGGCUCCGACCACCGCUCCGGCCAAAGCAGCCAAGAAGAAGCGAGCAGCCAAGCCGAAGACGGGCCCCGGCCUCCGGGAGCUCAUCGUGGCCGCUGUCACAGCGUCCAAGGACCGCGGCGGAGUGUCUCUGAGCGCCCUGAAGAAGAACCUGAGUGCUGGAGGAUACGACGUGGAGAAGAACAAGGCCCGCGUCAAGGCCGCCGUCCGGGCCCUGGUGGACAACGGGACCCUGGUCCACACGAAGGGAACCGGAGCGUCUGGCUCCUUCAAGCUGGGCGCAAAGAAAUCCGCUCCCAAAGCCAAGAAGCCCGCAAAGAAAUCCGCUCCCAAAGCGAAGAAACCCGCAACGAAAGCUGUCAAAGCCAAGAAACCCGCAGCGGCUCUGAAGGCCAAGACCACCGCAGCCAAGUCCACCCCGAAGAAGGCGAAGAAGCCUGCGGGCAAGAAAACCAAGAGCCCCGCCAAGAAAGUGUCCAAGAAGACCUCAGCGGCCAAGAAGUCUCCUGUCAAGAGGGUCUCCAAGCCCAAAACCACCAAGGCAGCACCGAAGAAGAAGUGAUCACCUGAUCACCUGAUCACCUGAUCACCUUCAGUCCUUCACGAACUGUCGCUGCCGCCUCACGACUUUCAGAGACUCAUUUUUAUAAAAAGCCUGUUUUAGUCUCAGCAGUCAGCUGCUGAUCUGAGGAAACUUCCUGUUUUCAGCUGUAUUGAGGUUUUUCUUGCAUGUGUCGAAUUGUUUCUGGCUCUGGUGUUUGAAUUAUGCUGUUUUAUCUGUAUAAAUCUUUAUAAACUUUUUUUUAAAAGAAACUGUAUAAAUAAAGAUUAUUUUUUAUUACGUAUA